AUGAAGCAAAUGAAGUGUUUUUAUUCACGUCGGUUUUUUGAGUGCUGUUGCUUGCUGACUGUGUUCGCGAUUGAAUUUGUUUUCGGGAGCUCUGACCUGGGACCAGAUCCGGAAGUGACCUUGAAUGCCGGAACUGUGGUUGGUGCGUGGCGUAAAUCACCCAGUGGGUCACGGUACCGACAGUUUUUGCGACUUCCUUAUGCAAAACCUCCCAUCGGAGAGCUGAGGUUCAAAGAUAACCUCAAGCCUGUGCUGGUUUUCGUUCACGGAGGCGGCUAUCGAUCCGGUGUUUCGGCGUCCUUCUACUACAACCCGCUUCACCUCAUGGACACCGGCGACAUCGUCGUCGUUUCGUUCAAUUACCGCCUCAACUUAUUCGGGUUCUUCACCUUGGGCGACGAUGCGGCGCCUGGAAAUCUUGCAGUGCGAGACAGUCUUGCUCUCUUGCAAUGGGUUCAGAAGGAGAUUAGGUUCUUUGGUGGAGAUCCCAAAAGGGUCACUGUUGCUGGGCACAGUGCUGGAGGGGCUAUUGCUUCUUACUUGAUGUACGCACCAGAAGCAGCAGGUCUUUUCCACGCAUUGAUCCUGCUGAGUGGGAACAUUUUGUGCCCCUGGGCAAUGCAGUCAACCAACACUGCCGAGGCGUCUCAGCGGGUCCUGGAGUCCGUCGGCUGUCACGGCGGCAAGUCCAGCGACGACAUCGUCGAGUGCUUGCAGUCAGUAAAGGUCGUUGUCCUACAGAAGGCCGAAGAAGCCCUGGAAAGGAAAGGACCAUUGUUGCCAUUUUACUGGACGCCAUCGGUCGAUUCAGGCACUUCGACACCCAUGUUCCCUCAGCGAAUCACCAAAGACACACCAUUGGUGAACAAAGUCCCAUUGAUGAUGGGAGUGACCAGAGAUGACGGUGUUGUUACAGCCUUUUCGCAUCUCGCAACGAAGAAUUACCUGAACAAGCUGAAUUCGACGUGGGAUGAAGAAUGCGCUGAUUAUUUGCUGUUCGGAGAUUUUGCCGAUUCACAAGAUGCAAAACGACGUUGCGACGCGAUUCGGGCAGAAUAUUUCGGGCCUGAUGAUGGUCAAAUCAGCUUUGAUCAAGGCUUCGACUUCAUCUCGCUUUUGCGGGAUCAGCUCUUCGGCAUUUGUUCAGCAGACAUUGCCUCAAAUGCUCUCAAAUUUGCACCAGUUUAUGCAUAUUCUUUCGAACAUGUCCCCGUCGACAAUUCAUUUCUCAAGUUAUUCUUGGGCAGUCGGGUCAAAGCAACGGAUCAAAUUGCUCCAGAAUUCGAUGGGUCGGUUCAUGGAUCGGAUGUGACAACUCUGUUCCGUCUUUUCAUCCUGGAUUUUACAAGGAAACCAGUCGAUUCUGCAUUGAUGAGCAGGGUCCGUUCAAAUUUCAUUUCACGGGUGGUCAACUUCGUUAAAACUGGGUGA